AUGAUAAUAUUUUCUUUUAUAUUUUUUAUACUUAAAAUCGCCAGUAUUGAUGGUGCACGAACAAAACAAUGUCCUGUUUUGGAAUUACCAACGCAUGGAUUUUUCUUUUCGGGAUAUUGUAAACGAACAUCAGGCUCACUAUGUGGUCUUGGAUGUUUAACUGGUUAUCGUCUUGUAAAUGGAGAUAGUUUUCGUGAAUGUCAUCAAGAUGGAACAUGGAGUGGACGUGAACCACAAUGUGAACCAAUUCGCUGUCCGCCAUUGAAAGUUCAUCCUCGAGUAAUACAAGAAUGUUUACCUCAACAGAACAAUACUAAACUUCAAUUUGGUAGUAAAUGUCAAGCAAAAUGUAAUGAAACAGGUUAUCGAUUGAUUGGUCCACGUAUUCGUGAAUGUUUAAUAAUGGGUAGAUGGACAGGUUAUGAACAAUUUUGUAUCAUCGGUAUUGAAACAACACCUUUUGUAAUUACAAGUUCAACAUCAACUCAUAGUUUAAUAACAACUUCAAAAUAUUUAGAUUAUUCAAAUUAUGCUUUGCAUAUUAACAAUAACGAUACAGGGAUUAUUUUAACACCGUUUAAUUCAUCUGAAUUUACUAUUAUCUUUUGGUUCUAUUUGGAAAAUAAUACAAAUGCUAAUAUAAUUUCAUUAAAACAAAAUAAAAAUAAUGUUCUAUUUGAAUUGAUUAUUCUUCAAGGCAGACUAGUUAUUUGUCAUUUACGACAAAACCAAACUAAAUCUACAACAACAACAUAUGUAAAUAUUCCAAUUGAAAAAUGGAUACAUUUCACUUGGACUUAUUCAAAUAAAAAUCAACAAUCAAAUUUAUACAUUAAUGAUGUUACAGGAUUAAUUCUAUUUGAUCGAUUAUUUAUUGGUCGUAUAACACGUGUUGAAAUUUGGAAACAAAUUAUAUCUGAACAACAAUUACUUGUUAGUUAUCGUGAUUGUCGAAAACAGAAUGGAGAUAUUUUUUCUUGGUCACAAGUAUCUAAUGAAAUAUUAAUUGAUACAAAUAAAUUCAAAAGUUCAUCUUUUUGUUCAGGAUGUUCGGAACCAGCAUCCAUUCAAGGUGGACUUUAUCGUGUAUCUGAUUAUGAAGUUGGUUCAUCAGUUGAAUAUGAAUGUAAAUAUGGUUAUGAAAUGAUUGGUGCUAGUCGAGCAUUUUGUAUGGUACCAUCAGAAUGGUAUCCAUUACCGCCGAUUUAUAAUCCAUGUUCAUCUGAAUGUGAAUUAUGUGAGAAAAAAACAGGUGUCUGUUUACGACAACAAGCUAAAUUAAAUCCACUUAUUUGUGAUCCUCCAUGUGAUGAUGAUGAAAUAUGUAUUGAUGGACAAUGUAGUUGGUCUAAUAUAGAUGAAGAAAAAAAUGAUUAUCAAUGUAAUGCACGAUGUCCAUUUGGAACACAAUGCAUUAAUCGACGAUGUGAAUCAUCUUUAACACCUUAUUGUCCAGUAAUUUGUGGACCUGGACAAGUAUGUGUUGAUGGUCGAUGUGGUUGUNUAAUAUUCAAUAUUUAA